AUGACCAACUCCACAAAAACACCCUUUCCUUGGAACUUGAACGAACCAGGCUCACCGAAUGAGCAUGAAGAGCCACAAAGCCCUGAAGCGAGUAGAACAAGCAGGAGGACGGAUGAGGCCGAAACUGUGAGAGCUUUUGAAAGAUCAAAUGUGAAAUACGCUCGAAGAAGAAGGCGGAAUCAAAUCGAUCCAGCUGAUGAUCAAUGUGAAGGAGAAAGUUGGAAUAAGACUGAAAUACGAAAGAAAAACAUGCCUACAGCAGCUCAACGAGACCUAUACAAUCAGCGAAAGAGGGAAAAGUACGCUGCUAUGAACAAAGACAAGAAGAAAAGUUACAUUACAAAAAUGCGAGAACAAAAAGAAUUACGUUUUGCGAAAUUGAAUCCACAAGAACAAGAAGCCUUUAUUGCACGAAGAAGAUUUUUGGAAAAUAAAAGAAAACUCAGAAAAAGAUUGUCUAGAACAGAUGAGCAAAAGCUGAAAGACAAAGAGCUUCUCAUUCUGAUACUCUCGUGGGCAGUACAAGCUGUGAAUGAGAGCAAUAAGCAAAAACCGACACUUCCAUUUGAUUUGAAUGAAGAACCACCCUUGGACGACCAGCCAGUUUCAUCUCCUCAAAGUGCUUCAAAGGACGUUGAAAGCCGUGCAGAAGGUUCAACAGGUGUAAAACCAGUGCGCGGCGAAGAUGAUUCAACAGAAAGACGUAAGCAUGCCAGACGACUAUUCAAGCAAGAACAUCCAGAUGCAGCAGCAGAACACUUAGCCAAAAGGCGAAAGGUAUACCAAGGAUUGUCUGUAGAAAAGAAGAAGUCACAAAAUAAGAGGAUCAUGCAGAACUUCAGCAUAAGGAUGGGUAAGAAGAAUAAAGCAGAGCUGCAAAAGUAUAGGAACAAGAGAGCGGAGCAAUUCAGGGUUCGAUAUGCAAAGAAAAAGCUUGAAAUGUCCAAAGAGGAGCAUGAAGCCAUUCAAGAAAAGCGCAGAAAAGCCUAUCAGAAGUACAUCAAUGCAAAGAAGAAAAAGCAAGAAUAA